AUGUCUUUUUCCUUUAUAAGAACUUCUUGUGCGGCAAGAAGGUUACAUUGGCAACUUGGGAAAGUUCAAUUAAGGAGAGCAAGUAGUCAUGACCCACAGUAUAAUGAGCCUGGUGGCUAUCUGUUUGGUGAAAAACCUUUACCAGCGGGACAAAAACGCGUAAAAGAUUAUUGGGAGAAUAUAUGGAUUUAUGGUAUGGGUGGAAGUCUUCUCAUGGGAACCAUUAUCGCUAUUUAUAAACCUGAUACAAGGCAAGAUACGCUUAAAAAAUUGCUUCGAUUUAAAUAUACAAUUAUUGUUUUUUAA